CCGGCCGAAUGAUAAGACACUAACAUUUUCAUUUCCAUACCCUCCAACCAUCCCAACAGAACGCUCAUCUCUCUCUCUCUCUCUCUCUCUCUCUCUCUCUCUCUCUCUGAAAAGGUACAAGCUAGACAACAAAGAUGAUUCUCUAUAGUCAUUUUGUCGUCCCAGUACUAUGCAUUUUGUUAGUGUCUACUUCUGCAUUCUCUUUUAGCUUCACCACUCUUUUACCGGACCAACUUAGGAGGAGCACUACUAUUAAUCAUGGUCAUCAUGCGGUGGAACCCGCUCACAAAACCUUUGGUCUUCCAAGUUUUGGCCUUUCAACCCGAUUGGCCGCUGGUCGCCGUUCAUCAAGCUCUCCAAAAACGGUGAAUGUGGAUGACUUCGGAGCCAAAGCGGAUGGAACUGAUGAUUCAAAGGCUUUCAAGGCAGCUUGGAAUGAGGCUUGUGCUUCUAAGAAUGCUGUUCUUGUGGUGCCUAAAAACAGGAUAUAUCAUCUUAAGCCACUAACCUUUUUAGGCCCAUGCAGCUCUGGUUUUACAAUGCAGAUCGAUGGGACGAUUAAAGCUUCCAAUAAGCCAGCAGACUACAGCGCGGAUCCAAGACAUUGGCUUCAAUUUGUAAACCUAGAAAACUUCAAUGUGCGAGGUGCCGGAACCAUCAACGGCAAUGGAAAGAUAUGGUGGCGAAAGUCUUGCAAAAUCAACAAAAGCCUUCCUUGCAAAGAUGCGCCAACGGCUAUAACCUUCUUAAACUGCAAGAACUUGGGAGUGUCUGGCAUAAGGAGUAAGAAUGCACAACAAAUGCAUAUUACCUUCCAGAAGUGUGUAAAUGUUAAGGCAUGGAAUCUGGUAGUUUUUGCACCGGGGAACAGCCCAAACACUGACGGAAUUCAUGUCACUGGGACGCAAAAUAUUUCUAUCAUGAGCUCUGUCAUCAGAACAGGUGAUGAUUGUAUUUCAAUAGUAAGUGGGUCAAGAAAUGUCAUCGUCAGGGACAUUAUAUGUGGGCCAGGCCAUGGAAUCAGCAUUGGAAGCUUGGGAAAAGGAAAAUCAGAAGCCAUUGUCUCGGACGUUUUCGUGAGCAGAGCCAGACUUACAGGAACCACAAACGGAGUGAGAAUAAAAACUUGGCAGGGUGGAUCUGGAUAUGCGAAGAACAUCGUUUUCGAAAACAUUGUGAUGAAUAAUGUCAGCAACCCUAUAAUCAUAGACCAGAAUUACUGCGAUCAAAAAACCGCGUGCAAGAAGCAGGGUUCAGCUGUACAGGUACAGAAUGUGAUGUACAGGAACAUCCAAGGAACCAGUGCUUCAGAAAAGGCCAUAAAAUUCGACUGCAGCAACAGCUUACCAUGCAAACAAAUUGUGCUUCAAAGUAUAAACCUAGCUAGCGUAUCAGCCAAAGAUAAAGAGGCAGCUUCCUGCGCCAAUAUUAAGGGAUUGUCAACUUUUGGAAGGGUUUCGCCGCAUUGUUCUUGAGGGGAAAAUCACAACUUGGGAAAGGGUUUCGCCGCAUUUUUCUUGAGAGGAAAAUCAGGAAUCUGUAUACCCAUUUAUAUAUUAAAAUUUGUAAGGUCGUGUAGAUAGCAAAUCAUUUAUACAUUCACAAAUCUUACUUUUUUGAUGUAAUGAAAUAUGUCGCGCGUGGCGUGGCUGCUGUUAAAUGAGAAUUUUAUGUGAGAAUAAUAGAAGAUAUUGCUUCUUCUA